GUCUUCUUGUGUCUGUGCAGGAGACUCACACGGUGAAACAUGAGAUCACGGGUUCCUCUGCAGAUCCUGCUGUAUGCCACAGUCAUCAGAAGUCUGAAAGUGGUGUCCAAGCGCGGCUCAGUGGACGGCUGUACGGAUUGGUCUGUGGACUACCUGAAAUACAAAGUUCUGCUCGGGGAGCCUGUGAGGAUUAAAUGUGCUUUAUUUUAUGGAUACAUCCGUGCGAACUACACACAUGCUCAGAGUGCCGGACUCAGUCUGAUGUGGUACAAAAGCACCGGCCAUGGAGACUUCGAGGAGCCCAUUUCAUUCGACGGGAGCCGGAUGAGUAAAGAGGAGGACUCCAUCUGGUUCAGACCGGCCGAGUUACAGGACGCCGGACAUUACUCAUGCGUGUUAAGGCCUCAUGUUGUGCUGUCAGAUGCUGUACGUCGGUCCUGUUGUAUUAACGCAGUGUUCUCUGUCUCCGCAGUGGACGGCUGUACGGAUUGGUCUGUGGACUACCUGAAAUACAAAGUUCUGCUCGGGGAGCCUGUGAGGAUUAAAUGCGCUUUAUUUUAUGGAUACAUCCGUGCGAACUACACACAUGCUCAGAGUGCCGGACUCAGUCUGAUGUGGUACAAAAGCACCGGCCAUGGAGACUUCGAGGAGCCCAUUUCAUUCGACGGGAGCCGGAUGAGUAAAGAGGAGGACUCCAUCUGGUUCAGACCGGCCGAGUUACAGGACGCCGGACAUUACUCAUGCGUGUUAAGGUACUAG